UAAGUUGAUAAAUUUUCAUUAUUAACAAUUGUCACUAAUUUGUUGUAUAUUGAAAUAAGAUUACAUCAAAUUUUUUUUUUCUAUAUCCAUUUGUAUAAAUAUAUAACUUUUUAUAAUUUUGUUUAUCGUUAACAAUUAUUACACGUGGUAGUAGUGUGUAUAUAAAUAACGGAUUCAAUUUUUAAAUUUUAGUUUAUUAUAUUGCUGUUAUUGAAGCUCAACGAGGUGACAAAGUCAAAUUAAAUAUAAUGGCAAUUGUAUUGCACUAUUUUCUGGGAUUUAUUUUAAUUGUUGAAGUUUUAACAACUAAUAGUUGUCUUCAAUUAACUUACAGUCUUUCUGAAGAAAAUUUGCACUGUGGAAACUUUAUAAUAAAUCGCAUUACAUCAUCUGAUGAGGAUAAUUGGGGAGUAAUAUGUAUAAAUGGUGAAGAUUUGUCAAAUUUUAACUAUAGACUUCCAUUUAAACAAAUGACUGAUAAAUAUUAUCGUCAAUUUACAACUUUGACAAAUUGCAGCAUUCGAGACACAGAAAACUUUAAUGAUAUUUCAAUGACGUUUAACAUACGUUCACAUUUGAAAUUAAGAGAUACAAAAGUGAUUCUAGAAGAUUUAUUUAAAGAACUAACAUAUUUAGAGAUUCUCGAUCUCAAUAAGAAUAAUUUACAGUCAAUUGAUAAUCCAAUUUUCUUUAAUCUUGUCAAUUUGGUAAAUUUGACUUUAAGUGAAAAUCAAAUAAAAGAAAUAUCAAGGGAUUCCUUCUGUUCAUUGUCAUAUUUAAAAACACUUGAUAUUAGUUAUAAUAGAUUGACUUAUUUAAAUAGUGAAAUUUUCAAAACUCUCCAUUAUCUCGAAAAUUUAAUUCUAAAUAAUAAUAAUUUACAAGAAAUACCCAAAAAUUUACUCAAUGAAUUAUCAUUUUUAAAAAAUCUUCAACUUCAUCACAAUAAUAUACAAUCAUUAGAUAGAACAACAUUUCAAAAUCUUAGUUUCGUUGAAAAUCUAGAUUUAAGUUGCAAUAAAAUUAAUGAAAUUCCACGGGAUUUAUUUAAAGAUAUGACAAAUUUAGAAGAACUUAAUCUUAGUUAUAAUAAUUUGACAUCAUUGGACGAGACAAUAUUUCAAAAUCAAAAUUAUUUAAAACAUUUAAAUUUGGCUUACAAUGGCUUAAAAGAAAUUCCCAAGAAUGUAUUUGAAAAUUUAACCUUUUUGGAAACAUUAGAUCUUAGUCACAAUAAUUUGACAACAUUGGAUGAGAAAAUUUUUCAAAAUUUACAUUUACUAAAACAUUUACGUCUAAGUUACAAUCAAAUUGGAGAGAGUUCUGUAAAUUUAUUUAAAAAUUUAGAAAAUUUAGAAAUACUUGAAAUUUGCAUUAAUAAUGGAAUAAUUUUUGAUAGAAAUACAUUUCAGUAUUUAUCAAAAUUAAAAGAAUUGCGUCUAAGUACCGAUCAAUUGAAAAAAAUGCCAAUAAGAUUACAUAAUGAUGUGGAAAAAAAAGUACAAAUAUUAAUUGAACUUAAAAAUAAUUAUUAGUAAUUGCAAAAUAAAAUAAUUUAAUUAUUAUACAA